AUGGAGAGGGCUAGUGGGCCAAUGGUGGGCCGGGGUGCUUCGGCGGUUGUGCGCUGCCCAAUGCGCGACCGCGUUGUUGUUACCUCGGUAGCGGGGCGAGGAUAGGGCUGGCCUGGCUUGGGGGCCCUGGCGGCGGCGGGAGCAGGUUGGUCCGUCGGUUGGUUGGCUGAGGGGAGAAAAGAGACGAGUAGGCCGGCGGCGGUUGUCGCGCCUGCCUCUCUUUCUCUCUCGCGCGCGCGCGCCUGGCCUGUAUGCAAAUUUAGGAAAUCCUCAAAACGACCUGUUGCGGAGAGGAUGAUGAAACCACUCUGCUGCCAGCGAGGUUACGAUGGAGAUUCGCUGUGGUGGCCUCUUAUUCAGCUCCAAGUUUGACUCGGGGAACUUGGCUCAUGUGGAGAAGGUGGAACACCAGGAGGGUGAUGGCGAUGCCACUGGGAAUGGUGGCGGCAGCAGCAGCAGCACCUCAGUUGCCUCAGUGGUGUUUGGCAGCUCCCUCCCCGUGGCCGACUAUGAAUUCAAUGUGUGGACGAAGCCAGACUGCGGAGACACAGAAUAUGAGAAUGGAAACAGAUCCUGGUUUUACUUUAGUGUGAGGGGGGGAGUCCCAGGCAAGCUGAUCAAGAUCCACAUUGUGAACAUGAACAAGCAGACCAAGCUCUACUCACAGGGGAUGGCCCCCUUAGUCAAGACUGUGCCUGCCAGGCCUCGGUGGGAGCGGAUCCGCGAGCGGCCUGCCUUCGAGAUGGUGGAGACCCAGUUUGUCCUGUCCUUUGUGCACCGCUUCCUGGACUACCGAGGUGCCACCACUUUCUUUGCCUUCUGCUACCCCUUCUCAUACACAGAGUGCCAAGACAUGCUAGCACAGCUGGAUGUCCAUUUUGCGGAGUGCAGGCACCUCUCUCCUAUUAGCACAAUUAGUCGGCGGGCAGGUGCAGACUCCAGGAAGGCUGAGGGGAAGCUGCGAUCCACCACCCACAGAGUGAGGAAAUGCCCUAAAGGGGGACGUGCAAAAGGGAGGAAGGAGGAGGCCCUGCCCAGGGGCACACCCUCUCUGGAUUCCAUCUAUUACCAUCGGGAGCUGCUGUGCUACUCUCUGGACAAACUGCGUGUGGACCUGCUCACCAUCACGUCCUGCCAUGGCAUGCAGGAGGAGCGAGAGGCCCGUCUGGAGAAGCUGUUCCCUGACAAGAACACCCCCCGGCCACACUGCUUUGCGGGGAAGAGAGUGUUCUUCCUCAGCAGCCGAGUGCACCCAGGGGAGACGCCCUCCAGCUUUGUCUUCAAUGGGUUCCUGGAGUUCAUCCUGCGGGAGGAGGACCCUCGGGCCCAGAUGCUGCGCCGCAUGUUUGUCUUUAAGCUCAUCCCCAUGCUGAACCCGGACGGGGUAGUGCGGGGCCACUAUCGGACAGAUGCUCGUGGAGUUAACCUGAACCGCCAGUAUUUGAAUCCUGAUGUGGAGCUGCAUCCCGCAGUGUACGGGGCCAAGGCCGUCAUGCUCUACCACCACGUCCACAACCGCGUCCAGCCAGGCUCCCCUGAUUGGCGGGCCUAUGGCCCCCCCCUCGGCACCAAGGCUGCCAAUCAGCUUUCCACACGCAAUUGCGGCCCCAGUGAGGAGGUCCCCUUUUCUGAGCUGGAGAAGGCCAACAACCUUCGCAACUGUCCCAGAGAUACCUGCGUCCCCUCAUCUCAGGACCCUGAGUCCCUGGAGGCCCCGGGGAGCCAGGAGCAGGACGUUUGGAUCCUCUCAGAAGAGCCGCCUUCCGAGCACUAUAAGAACGAAGCCGAGAGCCCCUCCCCGCCUGCCCCAGAAGCCAUCCCACCUCAGCAGAGUGGCCUGGCCUACUACGUGGAUCUGCACGGACACGCCUCCAAGCGUGGCUGCUUCAUGUAUGGGAACAACCUCUCUGACGAGAGCCAGCAGGUGGAAAACAUGCUCUUCCCUAAGCUCAUCUCCUUGAACUCUGCGCAUUUUGAUUUCACGGGCUGCAACUUCUCAGAGAAGAACAUGUAUGCCAAAGACAAGCGGGACGGACAAUCCAAGGAAGGCAGUGGGCGAGUGGCCAUCUACAAGGCCUCAGGCAUCAUUCACAGCUACACCCUGGAAUGCAAUUACAACACGGGACGAUCAGUCAACACUGUUCCAGCAGCUUGUCACGAUAAUGGGCGGGCAACCCCUCCUCCUCUCCCAAUGUUCCCCUCCAAAUACACCGUGGAGCUGUUUGAGCAGGUUGGAAGGGCCUUGGCAAUCGCAGCCCUGGAUAUGGCAGAGUGCAACCCCUGGCCUCGGAUUGUCCUCUCUGAACACAGUUGCCUUAGCAACCUGCAUGCCUGGAUGCUGAAGCAUGUGCGCGGCAUGAGGGGUGUGGCAGGCUACUCCAGGAGGAAGGGCACCAAAACCCCUCCCAAGGGGGCCAAUGGGGUCUCUGCCUCCAGCUCCGAGAACUCUCUGUGCCGGGCCAGGAGCUUCAGCAAUGGGAGCAGCAGCUACAGCCAGCAGACCUCCCCGCAGAUCAAGACCUCCCCCAGCUUUGUCUUCAGCUGCUCCCACCCUGGUGCCCCCCUGAGCCUGGGCCAGAGCCCUCAGAAAGGUGCCUCCUCGAGGGUGCUGGCGCUUGUGCGAGUGUUCCACAAUACAGCCCAGUCAUCUUGUGAAAGCUGCUCCCCUGUCAACCCGAGCCCCACACCCUGCUCUCUGAACAGAGGGGAACCCCAGGCUUCAGAGGGCCUGUGUGGGGUUUGUGUACCGCACUGGGCAAAGGCCUGUGCUGCUGCCGCCACUCCUGAGGAAUCGGCGGAGCCUCGAGCCCAGGAGAAGCGGCGCCAUCCGCACCAGACCUUGCUGCAAGCAGCAGUGAGCAGCAUCCAGGCGCCCUCCUCUCUUCCUUCAUCCGCCAUGACAGCCUCCCUCCUCCAGCUGCCUCCUGGUCUAGGCUCCUGCUCCCUCCCAGCCACCCUCAGCCUGACAGGGCCAGGCUGCAACAGUCUGCUUGCAGCUGCCAAGGUUAGCAGGGCAGCAGCUGCCUGCCACGGACCGCAAGAGGCACAGCACCCCCACGAGGAGCUACAGCCUCCUCCGCCUUGUGGCCUGGCACUGCUGCAGAACAUUUCGAGGAGGCUGAACAGCGAGAAGCUUUCAGAAACACCCAGGCUGGAGAUACUCGCACCUCGGCCCAGCCGGAUACCCAUCCGCAGGAGACCAGCUGGACAAUCCCAGCACCUUGUCAGGCUUCAUAGAUACAGUGAUGACUCCUCCCUCAAGGUGUGGAAAUACACCCCCUCGCAGCUGCCAGCGCAGAGUUCCCUGCCAGAUUUCCCGCUGGAAGUGCCAGAGCUGACGGUAGCAGGUCAGAGGGAAGAGCCGCUUUUUCUGUGCAACCCUUCCAAGGUUUUGCUGGACGAGCAUCUCCCGGGGCAAGCAGAUUCCCCCCAGCUCACCUACCACAAGAUCCUGUCUUUCUGCACAGAGGCCUGACCUGCCAGGGCGGGCAGAGCAGCUGCGGCCAACCUGCUCCAGCUCCUCAGGUGCCGCCAUCGCCCCACAGCAUGCCAGCAGCACUCUGACUUCAGCUCGCCCCUCGGUGUGGAGGAGACCAGUGGAGACACCCUGCCUGCUGGCCUCUGACAAGUGCCCAAGCCAGCCUUCCCCCAGAUCCUAUCCCUGCCCUUUCAAACCAAAGCUGCUCUUUGGGACACAGCAGCCAAUGACUCUGGCUCUGAGCCACUUUCCCACACGCAAGGGCCCCUUGCCACCCUCCCCUUGCAGCCAGCUGCACAAGGCACCGGAGGCCUGGCAGGAGAAGAGAUGCUCUGUGCCUCUCUUCCAGCUGCCCUGACUUGAGCCUGUAGGUUUGUCUCCCUACAGCCUGUGCUGUGCCUCAAGGUCCCACCCACCACUCAUCCAGCAGCAACUGCACCGGCUACAGGAAGUGCUGUGGAGCGUGCGUGUGUGCAUUUCAACCAGUAGGCUGGGCAGGGGGUUCUUGUGGAGGCGAUUCUCAACAAAGCCCGAGUCCCCCAGGCAACGGCAACCCUUAAGGCCCUUACUGCAGCUAUGUACAUAGUUGGUUACUGGAUUGGAAGGUAUUUUUGAAAUGAGAUUGUCUUGUAACAUGUUUCUAU